CGGACGAGUCUAUUUUCUACCUGAGCCCUUGAUCUGUAAAACAAGCUUUACACAUAUUGGCUCUUCAAAGCCUCCCCAAACUGGUGAGGUAGGCUCAUCUCCAUGACUAGCUUCUCAGAUGAGGAAACCCAGAGAGAGAGCCGGCCGAAACUGUGCACUCAAAGUCACAGAGGCCAGGUCUGCUCAGGGUCACUGGCUGUCCGGCCUUCCAACUCUCCCGAACCUAAGACUUUUGGAUGGUGAUGUUCUAGGGCCUGGAGUUUCAGAGUGGGACUAAUUAACACAGUUUGAAACUCAGCUCUGUUACUUGCUUAGCUGAGCCACCUUCGGUGUCUGCAGCCUGGAUGGAGAACACUUCUCUCGGCAACGAGUAUGGGGAUUACGGCGACAUUCCGGAUCUCCCGGUGGACUGCGCAGAUGGCUCCUGCAUCUCUGUUGACCUCCUCCACGCGACCCCACUCCUGCUGUAUGCCGCUGUCUUCCUGGUGGGGGUGCCGGGCAAUGCCAUGAUGGCCUGGGUGACCUGGAAAGAGGCCCGCCAGAGGAUCAGUGCCAUCUGGUUCCUCCAACUGGCCGUAGCGGACCUGCUCUGCUGUCUGUCUCUCCCCAUCCUGGCGGUGUCGGUCGCCCACAAGGGCCAUUGGCUGUACGGGGCAGUGGGCUGCCGGACCCUGCCCUCUGUCAUCCUGCUGUCCAUGUAUGCCAGCGUCCUCCUCCUGGCCACUCUCAGCAUGGACCUCUGCCUGCUGGCCCUCAGGCCCAUCUGGUGGGGUGCAGCCAGGCGGGCAUGCAGGGUGCGGGCAGCCUGUGGGGCAUGCUGGGGGCUGGCCCUGCUGCUCAUUGUGCCCUCGGCCAUCUACCGCCGGCUGCAUCAGGAGCAUUUCCCACGUCGGCUGGAGUGUGUGGUGGACUACGGUGGCUCGACCGUGGCGGAGAACUCAGUGACGGCCAUCCGGUUUAUUUUUGGCUUCCUGGGGCCACUGGUGGUUGUGGUCGUCUGCCAUGGUGCCCUCCUGUGUCACGCUACCCGACGCUGCUGGCCACUGGGCCUGGCCGUUGUGGUGGGGUUUUUUGUCUGCUGGGCCCCCUACCAUGCGCUGGGACUGAUACUCACCAUGGCGGCCCCACACUCCACCCUCCUGGCCCAGGCCCUGCGGGCUGAACCCUUGGUGGUGGGCCUGGCUCUUGCUCACAGCUGCCUCAAUCCCAUGCUUUUCCUCUAUUUUGGGCAGGCUCAACUCCGCCAGUCUCUGCCAGCCGCAUGUCGCUGGGCCCUGAAGGAGCCACAGAGUGAGGAUGAAAGUAUGGUCAGCAAGAAAUCGACUAGCCACGACCUGGUCUCAGAGAUGGAAGUGUAGGCUAGGGGGAAAUUGGUUUGUACCCUCCUAUGCCAUUUUACAAGAUGGGCUUCAGGCAUAGCUGAAUCUAGGAGCUUAA